AGAACAAAUGAUCCAAGAGACUAGUUGGUUACAUAAACUCUUAUCAGCUGUUUAUUAUGCGAAUGUAAAACAUCAAGAAAAACUCAAUUUUACGUAACGUAGAAACUAUGUCAAGCGUUGUUUAUGACUAGUCAUGUGCUUUAUGUGUAUUUAAGACAAGGCACUUACAUAAAAGAAUAAAUAAUAAAGCACUUUGGGUCAAUGCAAAACAUUUGUACGGUAGUUUGUAUCUUUGCGGUUGCGUCACGGCCACGGUAAAUAUUAAAUUAGUUUAAGUUUAAACUUCUACUUACUUACUACUUCUACUGACUAAUUUUAACUAAACACUAAUUACUUCUAAAAGGGAAAGUAAAGCCACUAAAGGAGUAAAGUUAAAGUGAGUUAAGUGAUAAAGUCUAACUUAAUCUUCUUAACUUAAGUUUUAAGUAAAGUUACAAAUUACAAAGUUUAGUAAGUAAGUAAGAAAAGUACGGACACUAGUGACUAAACUUGUAAAUAAGGAAUUUAGGAAAUAAUCAAACACUGUUAUUAUUAUAUUAUUUAAUCUUUGAGUUGGAGCAGCUUAGGGUCUACUGGCCUACAUAUUUUAUUAAUCGAAAUGAUUAUUCACAGAGCUGUGCAGAUAACGCUCGCCGUUAUUUGCAGAUUUCGGUCUGCCAAUAACGCUUGGCAUUAUUCGCAGAAUGUGAUAUAUCAAAUUAUGAAUAUAAAAUACAAAGUUCACUUGCAGAUGUCUCCUCGGUAGUAUAGUGAUAAGUAUCCCCGCCUAUCACCCAGAAGACCGGGGUUCGAUUCCCGCCGGGGAAGCUACCUUUUACAAAUAAAUAUUUUAAAAAAAUAAUAUUUAAAGGUUAUUUCGUAUUGUUAAAUUAUAAUUAUGAUCUUCAUAUAGCUUUAUAAAUAAUUCUGUUCACAUAGUUUUACUAUUAUUAUUUUUAUUUUCAUAUAGUUUUAUUAUACUUUUUAUUUAUACAAUUUUAUUAUACUUUUCACUCUGUCCAACAAUGUAAGUAUUCAAAAUUCUAGUUGCAAUCUAUUUUGUUUGAAUGUUCCUUCAAGUUUCGUAAAAAAACUGUAAACAGCAUGUACAUGCAGAUGAGCUGCAUAAACCAUGUUUAAACCAGAUACAGCUGUUCUAACUGUACAUUGUGAUAUACUUUAAGCUCUUUUGACUGUUUAAUUUUCUUUGUAUAAUACCAUUCAUAGACUUAAACAUCCAUUUGUUUUUUCUCUAAUAAAACAAAUAAAUAUUAAUAACUUACUUAUUCAAAUAUUUUAUAUCUCAGAGUUGUGUAUUAAUGUUUAGCUGAAAAAAAUGUCACGUUUUAUUUGUUUAAUUUUAGUUUCUAAUGAGUAUCAUAAUAAGUAGGACACAAUAUAGUCCAGAAAUAGUUGAAAUAACACUUAGUGAUGACAAUGAAAUGAACCAAUAGGUACUGUACUUAAAACAUAUCAAUAUCAUUGACAUCAACAAUUUUAGCUCUUGUAAAAACAAUGUUGAUAAUUGAAACAAAAAGCCAUACUGACACUGUUGUAACUAUGGGUCUAAAUAUAAAAAAGCAUUAACAAAUUAAUUGGAACCCUGCUGGUCGUAGGAUGCAUUGCGAGUCUUUGGGGAAGUAAAGCUCCCUUGGGGCAAUUGAAGCAGCGUUUACAAGUUUGAGUGUAUGGCCAGCGCAAUAACCGGUCACCUUUACUUUUCCAAGCUAAGGCCAGAGCUGGGUAGACUUAGGGACACCCUCAAGGAUGAGGAAAAAAUACUAGCCUUAAACAGGAUUAGAUUCUGUUAUUAUCGAUGUAGGGCCUAUAUGCCCCUCCCGUCUCUCACAUGGCCGUGUGAUGCAGCCACCUCUCUGCAUCAUAACACUGUUGCACGGCAUGUCAACUAUUUCUGACAGAACAUUUCUGGACUAGGUGAUAUAUCAUAGAGCUUUACUUUAAAAAACUAAAUGAUACCCUAUAAAGCUUUGACAUCAUUUUAAGACCUCUCUACAGUGGGUGAAAGUGAGUCUACAUGAAGAAUACCGAUACCAUUUUUACUACUGGUAUAACUUUUGAUAUGAAAUACCAGAAAAUUAGUUAUGUCUAGGAGUAGGAGGUUUGACUGGAUAUAUUAGUAACACUAUAUAGGUCGAAUAGACCCUACGUUGUCCCCUAACAGAGCAGAUGUAGGCACAAUUCAUUGUCCUAUAUCCAAUAUAUAGGCUAUAGUUAAUUUGUGCAUAGCUUCGGUUUUGAAAUGUGUUUGUGCCAUACUCAUUAAAGAUUGGUAGAUCCUACACUACUUAAAACUACACCCCCACCCCCCUCCCCCGGCUUGGAAUGUGAUCCUAAUUUCUAGAAAUUUGCGUAAUUAUGGGAAAAUUUCUGUCUAACAAUAUUGCUCUGCAUUAUUCGAAGAUUUCCGUCUGCCGAUAACGCUCGGCAUUAUUCGAAGAUUUCGGUCUGCCGAUAACGCUCAACAUUAUUCGCAGAGCUGUGUGGAUAACGCUUCCCUUUAUUAAUAGCCUAAAUUAACUAAUUAACAUAAUAAAUAGUUGAUUAGCCUGUCUUUAACGCCCUAUUUAAUUUAUUGAAGGGGCUAUUUGGUUUAUUAAAAAAAAUAUUUAAAAUAAAAUGUUCGCACCCAAGGCCCUUUAGACUAAAUGCUAUUCGGAUGUCAUUUGUGGUAGUUUAUUUUAGUUAAAUUGAAGAAGCAUGUUUACAAACAUAUAUGAUAUAGUCCAUUCAGUUAUCUUUCAUUUGAUACCUAAUUUUGUUUUACAAAUCCAACAAAACAUUUAAAAUAUUCUUUAAUAAACCCAAGCUCUCAUUCUUUUCUGAGUCUGAAUCCCAGGUCUGAAUAGCCGCAGCCUUAAUUUAUUGGAAAGUAGAAAGUAUAAUUUUAAAAUAUUAAAAUAGGCCUACUACUGUUUAUACUGUAAAAUGUAGGCUUUUACAAAAUUAAGAAUUUAUCAGGCAUGUGUGCUUAGUACAUUCCUAUGUGGCAGUGAAGUGUAGAUGACAUAUGCCAGGCAUGAGUGGAAACUCAACAGCUUCCAUCAAAGAUGUCUGCAUCGCAUUUAAUGCAUUCGAUGGCAGGACAAGGUGCAUAACAUAGAGGUUUUGGAACAUGCAAAAAUGUGUAGCAUAUUCUCCACUCUUUGCAAGUGAUGCCUUCACUGGUUAGGCCAUGUAAGGAAAUAGGAGGAAGGCUGUAUUCCAAAGGAUCUGCUAUAUAGAGAGUUGGAAGAAGGGGCAAGACUUAUUGGAUGGCUGUGGCUGCAAUUUAAGGACAUUUACAAAAGAAGCAUGAGGGAAGCCAACAUAGAAAUCGACAAAUGGGAGCUCAUCGCUGAGCACUAUUCCAGCUGGUGAACAGUGUCAACUCCUAUGUUCUACUGGAUUAAUUGAUUUGUCAAGUUCUUUCACACGUUGAAAUACGUCGUUCUAAUAUUGAAUAACUCAAGUCCUUUAUUACGAUAAAUGUAACUUUAAUAUCUUAUUAUUAACACAGGCUGUAAACUCCAUACAUACAUGAAUAUAGCGCAGCUCGCUAUCAGACAUAUAACUAAAACACACCCUACUUCUACAAAGUUCCAUUCACGACUACUGCACGACUAAAACUUACGUCACAAUACUGUCUAGAUAAUACGUCACAAUCAGCAUAAAAAUACGUUUCCGAGUCAAGCGCGGGAAGAGCGUUUAUCAACUAAGAGAAAUAAUAAAUAAUAAUAUGCAGUCGCAUCAAUUAUUAUUGAACUCCCAUACUCAACAAACAGCAGUGUAUGAAGGAGUAAAAAAAGGCAGAAGAUGCACAAAACGAAGCCCUUGCAACAAAAAGAGCAUUAUGGAACGAAAAAUUUAUCCAGAAGUCAAGGUUCAAGAAUUCAAAAUUGCGACAUUUUUAAAAAUAAUAUUUUUACUGUUUCGGAUAUAAAAAUGAAUGUUACUCAUAAAUGGACAAAUUAUAGAAAAUGAUGUUCUUAAAUUAUGGAUUUAUAAUUUAUACUAAUUAUUUAUAUUUUUAUUUAGAUACCUCUGAUUUUUUGCACCCUGCCUUGAUUAGUCAUGUGGAUUUUAGAUGAGAACAACUUGGCAAUAUGUGCCAUUGUAACAGUAGCCAUGCAGUUUAUUUUCUUUUUAAUUGCCUGCACUUGCAAGUUUGACAAAGUAACUGACUUUGCUGGUGGAACAAACUUUGUUGUUCUAGCUGUUAUGACUUUCCUAAUAGCUUGGGUAUGUAAACCCUUAGAAUGUCUGUCAUGCUUAGUUAAGCAUACCAUAAAUUUUGAUUGUCUUCUGGGCAUUUCAAUAGAUUAAGGUUUGGGGAGUUUAAGAUGGUAAACAUUGAGAUAAAUUAUCUAUUCACUAAAUUCUAUUAUUUCUUAUUUAAAAUGAAAUAUUCCUCAUCAUGAGAUGUUUAAAUUAAAUAAUCAAUGCACUGCAACAAUUAUAGUUGGCUUUCAGAAUUAUUGUAAAAUAUAUUUAUAAUACUGCUUGCUGAAAUUUAUUUCAUUUUUCUUCUUGCAACUCUAUUGCAGACCUUCAGCACAAGACAAAUCAUUGUGACAGUCUUCAUAAUUGUCUGGGGGUUGCGACUUUCAGGAUAUUUACUUUAUAGGAUAAUCAAAAUAGGAGAAGAUAAUCGAUUUGAUGACAAGAGAGAAAAUUGCCUCAAGUUUGCAGGCUUUUGGACUUUUCAGGUAAAAAACAAAAUACCAAGAAACAAGACUUUAUUACUCAUAUAUAUUCAAUAAUUUUUUUUACCUGGUUAUAUAUCUCUUAGUUUUUUUGUUUCACUUUUCACAGAAUCAUUAAAAAAUUACCUCCAAGUUGGUAUUUAUUGAACAAUGCUUUUACCAUGCCAUUUGUAACUUUGUAAUAUUUUUUAAUAAACUAGGCAAUAUGGGUUUUCACCGUUAGCCUGCCAGUGAUAUUUGUCAAUGCUCCAGCAAGUGCUGUCAAAAGUGAUUACAUCACACCCCAAGACAUUAUUGGCUUCAUUUUGUUUGGAAUUGGACUUCUUACAGAAACCGUUGCUGAUUUACAAAAAUUUAGUUUCAGAAAUGACCCUGCAAAUAAAGGGAAAUGGUGCAAUACAGGUAAAAUAAAUUUACUUUUGAUUGGGAAACUUUCUUGCCAGUAAUCUGUUUCAGGUUCUUUGAUAUCAAUUCAUCUUUAAGAUAAGAUAAGAUUCUUUUAUUGAUCCAAUUAAAUUUAAAUGUUUUUUGAUUGCAUUAUACAUUUUCAGCACAUAAAUAAAACAAUUUGAUCACAAGACAUUUAUAAUAAAUUAUUUCAAACAGCCGUUCAGUGAAUUCUCUUAGCCAAAUCGGGGACUUAUUGAAUGACCCUUUUACAGGGGUCGCCUAAGACAGACCUGUUUACUCUUACGAUUUUGGCGUACAGUGUACGAUUUUGAGGUUUAUACAUUGUAUAUACUGUAUUAUUAUUUCUUUUACUAUUAAGAUAAUGUGUUGAAUGAUUUUUUGUGAUAUUGUACGAUUUUAGGAGUUUGGGGGUAAACAUAUCUGCUAAGAAAAUAAUUUUGUGGUUAGAGGUCGCCACAACGCGAGGAACUGAAUUAAAGGGUCGCGGCAUUAGGAAGGUUGAGAACCACUGAUGUAAAAUAUUUCUUUAAUUGUUCUGGUAAAUAGUUACACAAUUUUUUAAUUACUUAUGGCCCACUAGGCUUAAUAUAUUUUUGUGUUGGAUAAGCAGAUAAGUUGUUACUUUUACAAAUUGUUUUGAAUGUUGUUUUAUAUUUUUAAACAACUAUUAUUUUAAAAAAUAUUUUACUUCAUUUUAGGUUUGUGGCGUUUCUCUCGUCAUCCAAAUUAUUUUGGAGAAAUAACCGUAUGGAUAGGUAUCUUUCUUAUCAGCACCAGCAUACUUGAAUAUGGACAGUGGACAGCUGUUCUUAGUCCUUUAUUUACCAUGACCAUCCUACUUUUCUUGAGCGGUAUCCCUUUGCUUGAACAAAAAGCAGAUGAAAGAUACCGAACGUAAGUUAAGCUAUUUUUUCUUUUUCAUAACAAUUUCAAUUAUAGUACAUUAUUGGGAAUGAGCCAAUUACAGCUCCUUUGUGAUAUAAUUAUAUUUCAACCAUUUUGCCUCUUUACAAUGGCAAUCUUGACAUAAAAAAGUGGUAAAAUUGUGUAUUACACAUUGCAGCAUUUUAUGCUGCCGAACCAUACCCAGCACUAGUGAAAUUAUGAGGGUUUGGCUUUUCCGAUUUCUGACAUAAUUCACAAAUUUUUUUUUUUAAAUUCAUUUUUAUCUCGCUCCAACUUCUCAUAUGGACAGAUACUGCCAGAAAGUUCUAUAUGUUGCAAUGAUUUUAAUCACUGUCUUUCUUUUCUAGUUUGAUGUUAUUAAGAGUCUCAUUUUUAAAAAUUCUUCAGACAAUUUUGUUUUGCUACAUUUUUAACUCGUAAGGCUGAUUUCAGAGUUUAGGCUGAACUCAUAACAUUUUUUCCCCAUCAUUUCAACCGUCUAAUUCUAUAAAAAAAAAUGUACAAAACAGUUUGAAAAUGUUGACCUCUUUAUUAUUAGCUAGAUCAGGAGUAGGCAACCUGCGUCACACUGGCAUCUGAAACAUAUUAUCCGGCAAAGCAAGACCUUCCAAGAACUGGUUUAAUGUUUCUGUACCAAUUGUGAAUGAUUACAUUUAAAAGCCUUACAAAAUUAUUAAUCAGUGUAAAAAUGAUUAAACUAAUAAUAAAAUUAUUCUAUUGCUUAUUAGUGAAAUGAGCUCAGAGUCAAUUUUUGAAGACACUCUUUGACAUACAUGAUGUACAUAAAAAAAUUAUGCAGCUCGCCAUAGACAAAAUAAUUGCCAUGCAGCCAUCCGCGCUAAAAGAUUCCCCACUGAUCUGGAGUUUUAAUUGGAAAAUUCUCAAUUCCUAUUUUUGUUAUAUUUCAGAAAUCAGCUUUAUCUAGUUUACAAAAGCAGAACAAGUCCUCUCAUUCUCCUACCCCCACCUUGUUACGGAGCUCUGCCUUACUGCAUGAAGUUUGUUUUUUGUUGUGAGUUUCCUCUGUACAACAGACUUGAUGAGGAAAAUCAGAGCAUCAAGAACAGCCCCCAAAAGCAGAAUCAACAGCCUAUUACAGAGCAGCCUGAGACUAUGAGCGCAUAGUGUGGCAUACUUACAUAGAUUCAUUAUAUUACAUUUGUUUAACCUUCGGAAAUAAAAGUGUUAGAUGUUGUGAUUUAUUUUUCCAUGAUGUAUACUUUUAUGGAUGGACAACAAAAAAAAAUUUAUGGGAAAUGUUUGUUUUAUAGUUUAUUGCCAUAAAUUAUUUGAUAUAUGAAUUAUAUGUGAGCUUUUUAUCUUGCUAUAGCAUAAUAAACUUACAAACUUUGUUGCAUAGCAGAUAUUGACAAUCUAAUGUGUACAUGUCAUUUAGGAAACCUUUCAGCUUUAUAAAAUAUGCAAAAAAGGAAUUGUAAUGGCAACAGCCAAGGUGUGAGUUUUUAAUAGUUCAGAAACAUCUAUUUAAAGCAGCUAUUCAAGUAUAAUUCUGUUGAUGUUAAAAAAAUUUCUUAAAUGGUUUAUUUUUUUAAACCAUGUAAAUGCUAUGUUUAUGAAUGCAUAUAUAAUAUUAUUGUUAGUGGCGCUAUUGUUACAACAGCACUGUGAUUGUGAUGGGGUUCUUCAAAGUGUGAAACCUUUCAAUGUGACAAUUGAAAAUAUCAUUGUAUGUGAGUAGUUUAGGAUUUCAUUUGGCAGACACAUCAAAUAGUUAUAAACUUGUGUAAUAAAAAUAAUAGACAUUGGCAACAAUUAAUAUUGCUAUUCGUUUAAAUAUAAACUGUCCACAGUUAAGAUAUUCUUUACUCCCCCCCAACUCCCAGUAGUAUACCCUUUUAAAAUUGUUACCAAUAAACUUGUUAAUACCCGGUACUUAAUAAAUUGAACAAAAAAUAUUUAGCUUUUAAAUAUAAACAUUUAAAAUUUGUUGGAGGUUGUAUUUGUUACAAAUUUUAAUCAAGUAAGUAAAAAUAUAAUUUAAACAAAUUAAUUCAUGUAUUGUACCAAUGUAACAGAUUUUUUACUGUUUUUAUUUAAAAUGUUCUUAUAUGUUAUGUCCCAUUAAAGUUCUAUCUAUUUUUUUUUUGUUUUUAUUAUCAUAUUUAUUACCAAAUUUAAAUACCAGUACAGUGUGUUUUUAAAUUUACACAUUUUUUUUUACUAGAUAUAAAAAUUUAGAAGGAAAAUAAUGUCACUUUUUUAUUAUUUCAUUUUAGUAGAGUUUCAUUUGUUAAAAAUUCAUUUUGGUAGUGUUAUGUUUCUUUUAAGGAAAUGUGCUACUUCUACUUAAAUGAUCCUGUAAAAAUACUCUACAUCAAACUCUCUGCCUUCUUUUUUUAUAUCUGAUUUAUAAUAUAUAUGUGUAUACCAAAUAAAAAUUGUAUUCUUUGAUAACAAAAAUGUGUUACUUUAUUCAUCCUUUU